AGUCUGUAGGUGAAGAACCAGAUUUCCAAGUAGUAGUCUGGUUGAGACAUGCAUGCUGAAUGUGGCUUUUCACAGCCCAGGCAACAGUAGAAUUAUGGCCGUGCCACUUCAUGUACCAAGUGGAUACAUAGCGUUCAUGGAGAUUUCUGGACAGAUUGGACAAUGAGCAUUUUUCAAGGGCAUUUACUCACAGUGGCAGCGAUGAUGGCCUGCUUGACAUUUAGUUUAUCAACGCCUACAGGAAAAUCAACGAUUCCUGCCCCUCAGAACAUCUCUUUGACGUCCAUCAACUUUAAGCACAUCCUGACAUGGAAUCCCUUACCAGUGGAGUGGGGAAACGUUACCUACACAGUCAGGAUUCAAGGAGAAUAUGAGCGCUACCAUAAGAAGCAUGAUUGGAUAGAAGCUGAAAAUUGUCAUUACAUCUCUGUCCCUUUCUGUAAUCUGAGUAAGGACAUUCCCACCAACGUCCUGUAUGAAAUACAGGUUCGAGCAGAGCUGGAAAACAGGACAUCAGACUGGGCCCCACUAGGCUACCUGUUUCGAAAAAAUUCAACUCUUCUUAUACCUCCAAACAUAACCCUUCUUGAUGUAGGACAUAAGCUGAUUAUUGAAAUUGAAAACCUUGGUUCUUCCUUUGAGUACUAUGCAUUCUAUUGGAAAAGGUCUAAUAAAGAGCUAGAUGUGAAGACUAUGAAGCUGAAUAAACACACAACAUCUGUUGUCUUGACAGACACUGACCCCAAUAAUGAAUACUGUGCAUAUGUGGUGGCAUAUGCAGUUGGCCGAAACAGCAGUAGUAGCAAUACAGCUUGCAUUUUUGUGGAAGCACAUAAACUCUCCAAAUUUAUUAUUGGUAUCAUCUCCUUAUUUGUGGCCAUCGCUGGACUUGUAGUGGUUUCUAUACUAGUAUGGAAAAUAUUUCAGCUGGUGCGGUUUUCCUACUUCCCAAAAGUGGAUAUUCCAGAAGCACUGAUGAUGACUGAAAACUACAACUCAAAAAAAAUCUACAGAGACAGGACCCACAACAGUCAACACAGUGACGAAAGGUAUCUACAGUGGACAAGGAAUGACUAUGAACGUGGAAAAUUAUGACACCAAAGAUAUAAAGUAUUAACUUUUUCCUAAACAAACCCAGCUAAUAAAGCUGGAUGGUGCCAGGUAACCCCACGAGAAGAGUCUUGCUUUAUACAGAGAAGGACCACGAUGCACUGUGAGUCUCCUUGAAGAAACUUGUGAAUGUUACUGAGUAAGUUUACUCAGUUUUACUGCGUUUUUUUGGACUCAUACUCUUUAUUAUGAUGAAUGGAUAUGGUAGUUGAGAGACAUUGGAACGCAAGAAUCCUAAGGUCACAUGCUCCUGCAUCUUAUGAGAAUUGUACCAUUUGGUUUUGCAUCUUCAGUAUCCAGGAAAUGGCAUCAACUGCUACGGUUUCAGUAUUCUUGUUUCAACUUGCUUGAACUUGUUCACUACCCAGCACGUUUUAAUUAAAACAUAUUAGCAUACCAUUUACUUAAA